AUGGCCGAACAAGCUGGCGCUACGGCUGAUCCUACUGAUGAAAUUUCAAAGCGAUGGGCAGAUUGUGCUGAAAAAAUCUGGAAGCAUGAGAAAGACAUUGCUGACGAACAGAAGGAAGAAAUUGGGAACCUGCUGUUGUUUGCUGGUCUGUUCUCCGCAGUGCUUACAACGUUCGUGUUUCCAUACUACCAGUCACUGCAGUCGCCACCGCCAUCCGAUGCUACUGCACAGAUCCUUCUGCUUCUCUCUGUGCAGUUGGACAUUAUUGCAGCGCAUACUGGUGUACAGGACGUUGUCUCGCCAGUAUUGACGACGAUAUCAAACUCUUCGUCGACGCCUCCCACUCAUACGUCUGCCUUCGUUAUUAAUGGGUUAUGGUUCUCUGCACUGGUCUUCAGUCUCGGGGCGGCUUCUAUUUCCAUUUCGGUGGCUCAGUGGCUCAAUCACUAUAGUGCACGUCCGACGGGGUCUUCUCAGCAGAGUAUCAGAGUAUGGAAUAUCCGUCAUAAGGCUCUACUCAAGUACCGAAUCCCACAAAUAAUCAGCGUCUUGCCUGUCCUAUUACAGAUCGCGCUCACUCUGUUUCUCGUCGGUCUGGUUAUUCUAAUAUGGCCCUUCAGUCAUGUUGUUGCAGCGGUUGUACUGGCGCUUGUCGUGUUAUUGUUACUUAUCUCCAUCGGGACCGCACUCAUUCCAGCUUUCUUAUCCGCCUGCCCGUUCAAGUCGGCCGAGGCAUGGUGCUUCUACGAAGCGUGGCGUUUAUUCAAGCUGAUCUUUCGUUCCGCUGCCGGUAUUGCGAACAGUGUGUACAUCAUUUUUCUCAGCAUUCAUGUCAUCUGA